AAAAACUCUAGCAAAAUUAAGAAAUUUCUCAAGACGAAAGGGGAUUUGUCCCCCAAAUCCCCCACCCCCGGCUACGCGCCUGUGCCCUAUGCUUCACGGGGUUAUUAAAAGCUGCCUGUAAUUUAUUACGAGAUAUUAUACUAGUAUUGUAAUAUUUGUUAAUACUACUUAUAAAAAAUUAUGGUGAAAUUCAAAGCGAGUAAGUUGUUUUUGCUUCUCACAAACAAACUUGUUUGUCUAAAGAGAUAAUGCAAUGAUUUCGAAAGAUUUUUAUGAAUCAGAUUUCAUUCUUAAAAGUUAAACUUAACUUGAGGCUCUCGAUUUUGAAGUAGCUUUAAUUUUUUUGAGGGGCAAAUUGAAGGCAUUUUUCCAUUUUGAAGGAUGGAUGGGAGUUGACUCUACUUAUGGGCAUCUGCUUACGGUCAAUAUAAAGGUCACCAGCUUUUUAUAUGCGCUUCUGAUUUAAACAUUCACAAACAUGUCAAAAACCAUUAGACAUUUUCAAAGUAAUCUUAUUCAGAAGUUGAUGCAGUCCAUUAAUAGUCUAUGAACAGACAGGAAAUUUGCUCGAGAGCAGGAAAAGAAAUAACGUCGGAGGUUAAAAAUUUCAGACAGCAUUUCACAUCGAAUCGACAAGUUUUUCGUCAAUUUUUACGCAUCAGAACAGAAAUGAUCCGAUUGAACAGAUUUUUGUGGUACGAAUUAGAGUUUGGUGGGAAAAUAGUCGCAGUGAAUGGGAUGAUAAGUUACGGGCUGUUUAUAAUCUCAACAGCAUUUUGGUUAUUUUUGAUAUUUUUCAUUCCGAAUGAAAUAAUUGAAGCUUAUGUUCGUGAAAUUGGAUUUAAAUCAGUUUUAUCUGCAACUUCUGAUUUCGUUGAUUUUUGUAUUUUAGUGAAGAUUUUUGCUGUGUGGAUAAUUUUUUCAAUUUUGAUCGCUUCAUUUGGAAUGUUUUACAUGUAUUACGUCCUGCUGGAAGGGAUUAAAAGACGUCAAACUAGUCAAUUUGUUCCUGUCAUAUUAUGCAAGUUUUGUGAUUUAUUCGUCACUUCUCUUUUGUUUUUUGCCUGCAACUCGUUCAUCAGCUACUUUAUUGUAGUUUGCAUUAAUGUCAUCCAGAUUCACAACAUCUUGGUGCUGUUGUCUUUAAGAAAUAAGAUAAAAGAUGAGAAACAUGAAAAAUUGCAAAUUAUCCAUCCUCUUGCCUUUGAUAAACUGUCCCUUCCUCCUCCAUACAAAGCUUAAAUUAGAUCAGUGAUGGUCAACCUUUGUGCCACGGCAUAUUAGUCUGUCACGAAAAAUCCCACGAACUAUAUCUCAUGUGCGGUUUCGGUCUUAACUUACCGUACCACAUAAAAGG